AUGAACGAGCCCAUUGCCAUCAUAGGAACGGCGUGCCGAUUUCCAGGCUCUGCCAGUUCCCCCUCCAAGCUCUGGGAGCUUCUAAAGUCACCAAGGGAUGUCGUCCGCCCCUUUACAGCGAAAAGACUCAACUUGUCCAACUUUUACAGCCAAAAUGGCGAAGCACAUGGCCGGACAGAUGUACAGCAGCAGUCAUACCUGCUUGAGGAGGACGUCCGUCUUUUUGACGCGGCCUUCUUUCUCUACGAGGCGUUCGAGGCGGCAGGACUACCUCUCAGCGCCGUAGAGGGAUCACAGACAUCCGUCCACGUUGGCGUGAUGACCGACGACUACUACACCAUUCAAGCUCGAGACCCGGACACCAUGGGUAGCCAUGCAGCCACUGGCUUGUCCCGCUGCAUCCUGUCAAACCGCGUCUCGUAUGCUUUCGACCUACGGGGCCCGUCGAUGACGGUUGACACGGCGUGCUCCAGCUCCUUGGUUGCCCUGCAUCUCGCCGUCCAGAGCCUCCGCAAAGGAGAGGCCUCCCAAGCAGUGGUGGGAGGCACCAGCCUCCUCCUCGACCCGCACUGGUUCGUGACGGAAUCCUCAUUGCACAUGCUGUCUCCCGACUCGCGCUCUCGCAUGUGGGAUAUAGAAGCCAACGGAUAUGCCCGCGGGGAGGGCUGCGCGGCAGUGAUUCUGAAACCUCUCAGCAAGGCAAUUCAGCAUGGCGAUCACAUCGAGUGCAUCAUUCGCGAAACGAGCGUCAACUCGGACGGCCGAACAAAUGGCCUGACCAUGCCGUGCCCCAAGGCUCAGGCCGCCCUGAUUCGGCAGACGUACCAGAACGCAGGACUGGACCCUGUUGCGGAUCGAUGUCAAUACUUUGAGUGUCAUGGCACCGGCACUCAGGCUGGCGAUCCGGUUGAAGCUCGCGCCAUCAACGAUGCCUUCUUCCCACCAGGCACACUCGACCAGGCUGAUCAAGUCGGUCGGCUGUACUGUGGCUCCAUCAAGACCAUUGUCGGCCACCUGGAGGGCUGUGCUGGGUUAGCUGGCCUUCUCAGGGCGUCAUUGGCAAUUCAGCACCAGGCCAUUCCACCCAACAUGUACUUCAACGAGCUCAAUCCAUCGAUCAAGCCAUUCUACGCCAACCUCUGCGUGCCCACGUCCCUUCUGCCAUGGCCAGAGACGCACUGCAAACCUCGUCGUGCAAGCGUCAACAGCUUUGGAUUUGGCGCCAGAAGCCGCACGUCCUUGGCCCGCUCGCUGGGGCGAAUAUUGGACCAUUUGCGUUUGAAUCAGGCACUCGAUCUGGAUGCCUUGGGAGGGGUGUUGCAUUCGAAUCGAACCGCUUUCUCAUACAGGGUCGCAAUUCCUGCCGUGAGGAACUGCCAGCAACUCAUCGAGAGCUUGGAGGAGCAGGUCGAACUCGCCUCUGGCCCAUCAACUAGCGGAACGUUCGGUGUCCGGGCGUUGAACGAAUCCGGAUCAAAGCAGCGGCCAAGGAUCUUGGGAAUAUUCACAGGACAGGGGGCUCAGGCGGCUCAAAUGGGUCGACAACUUUUGGCGCACUGCACGCUCUUCCGACAGUCCAUCGACAACUGUGAGGCCGCGUUGGCAUCUCUGCCCGAAGCUCCCACUUGGUCGCUUCGACAGGAGCUGGCCGCCGAAGAAGCGGUAUCGCGUCUCUCGGAAGCCAGCAUCUCUCAGCCACUAUGCACUGCUGUUCAGAUCGCCCUGGUCGACCUCCUGCAAGCCGCCGGCAUCCAGUUUGCCACAGUCGUCGGCCACUCGUCAGGCGAGAUUGGCGCAGCCUACGCAGCCGGCCUCUUGGACCGACGAGACGCAAUGGCCAUCGCGUAUUACAGAGGCCACGUCGCUCACCUGGCUCAAGGACCCGGCGGCAAGCCUGGAGGCAUGAUGGCGGCGGCGCUGACGUUUCGCGAGGCGAAAUCUCUCUGCUCGGGACCUCGCUUCGGUGGCCGACUCAGUGUAGCGGCUGGCAACGCUCCGUCCAGCGUUACUUUGUCUGGUGACCUAGAUGCCAUCGAGGAGAUCAAGGGGCUCUUGGAUGCGAGGAAGGUCCAGGCACGGCAGCUGCGGGUCGACACGGCCUAUCACUCCCACCACAUGUUUAGCUGUGCUGAGGCCUACUUGGAACAUCUCAAGCGGCUGAACGUGGCAGUCCAGACGCCUCCGAAAGAUGGUGCUUGCGUGUGGUUCUCGAGCGUGCGGAGAAAUACCAAUAUGACGGCUCAGCCAAUUCAUCAGCAGGGUCUCGAGGGCCAGUAUUGGGUCGACAACAUGGUACAGCCGGUGCUCUUUUCUGAAGCUGUACAAUUCGCAGUGCAGACGAAUCCAGCCCCCUUUGCCGUUGCUCUCGAGGUCGGGCCGCACCCGGCUCUUAGGGGCCCAGUGAGCCAAACGCUCAAGCCCUUAAGUGCCUCUCCGUUACCCUAUGCCGGGUGCUUGGAGCGUGACCAGGGAGGCGUUGAGAGCAUGUCGGCAGCAAUCGGAAUGAUUUGGAGCUACCUGGGCCCCUCUGCCGUCGACUUUGGUGGCUGGCGAGAGGCCUUUGGCUUGCCAGGUCGACAGGCCCCUCUCAAAGAUCUUCCCUCGUACGCGUGGGAUCACGACCAGAUAUAUUGGCGGGAGUCCCGUCUCUCGCAUAACUUUCGGGUUGGCGGGCAGCCGCCGCACAAUCUGCUCGGUCGUCAGCGCGAGGAUUCCCAAUACGAGAAGACAUGGCGCAACUUCUUCCAUCUGCACGAGAUGCCCUGGGUAAAGGGGCAUGUGUUCCAGGGCCAGGUGCUAUUCCCUGGAGCCGGCUAUGUCAGUCUAGCGGUGGAGGCGUCCAAAGCCUUUGUCCAGGAUCGCCCCGUCAAGUUGCUUGAGGUUCGAGAUAUGAACAUCCCCAAGGCGCUGGUAAUAGGCGAGGACAACGGGAUUGAAAUUCUGUUUACGAUUCGGAGCAAGACGCUUCCCUCGGCUGUACCAGACGGCUCCAUCUUGGAAGCCGAUUUUGUCUCCUACAGUUGUUCAGAUGAGCGUGUACUGGACAGGACUUGCAACGGACACCUGCUUAUCCAUCUUGGUCGUGCAGAGCCGGGGGACCUCCCGCCUAACUCACUGUCUCAGGUCGAACUCACGCCCCUCAGCACAGACAGGUUCUACCGUGCCGUUUCAGAGAUAGAGCUCGACUACGGUGGAGUAUUCCGCACAUUGCACUCCAUCGGCAGGUCCUGGGGCCACGCCAAGGCAUCCGCUUCAUGGCCCAAGGGCGAUCUUGACAUUGGCUGCUCGCUGCAUCCCGCUCUGCUCGACGUCGCCUUCCAGACGGGACUGGGGACUUUCGUGUCCACAGCCGAAAAGUCAAUGGGUAGCCCAUACCUUCCGAUUGGGAUCAAGCGGGCCAUCAUCGAUCCCAACCAGGAUUACCGGGAUGAGUCGGGUUCGACUAGCAUCGAUAUCGAGGCUUUGAUGGCGAGUGCAAAUGCCAGUGUUGUAGAGGUUGACAUCAGCAUAUGCGCCAAAUCAAGAAGCAGCGAUGAGAGCUGCGGCAUCCAAAUCGAUGGAUUGAUACUCAAAGCGAUUGCAGAACCACAGCCCUCCGAAGACCGGAAUCUCUUUGUCAAGACAAUCUGGGAUGUCGACAGUGCCUAUGGCCUGACUGCCCCGUCGCCGGCUCGAGUUGACAUUAACGAGUCGGCAAAGAUGAUUGACGCAUGUGAGCGUGUUACGCUGUUUUAUAUGCAAAACCUCGAGUUGUCUCGCUACAUCCAUACCACAUUGGCCACGGUCCGUGAGGGGAAGCACGCGAUACUGCGCAAGGAGUGGUUAGAUGAUGACCGCGAAACCAUCACGAGGCUCGCCGAGCGCUAUUCCAACAACGUUGAUAUUGAGAUGCUGGUCGCCGUGGGCGAGAACCUGCCAUCCGUUGUGCGAAAAGAGUCUGGGAUGAUGGAGCACAUGUUGAACAACGACCUGCUUGGCCGACUGUACAAAGAAAGCAACGGGUUGGCAACUUGCAACCGCCAUGUCGCCGAUCUCAUGCGUCGAAUCAGCCACAAGCACCCGCGGACCAAGAUACUCGAGAUUGGUGCUGGCACUGGCGGGACGACAGUCAGUGCCUUGAACGCCGUGGGCGAUGCGUAUUCGUCAUAUACGUGCACCGACAUCUCGGCGAGCUUCUUCAACGGGCUUUCGAAGAAGCUGCCUGAAGAGCACACGCCAAAGGUUGACUUUGAGGUGUUCAAUGCCGAGAAGGCACCUGCUGCACAAGGCUUCACUGAAGGGAGCUAUGAUGUUGUCAUUGCAGCCAACGUGCUUCACGCAACACGAAGGCUGUCGGAGACUGUUCAGAACGCCAGAGCUCUCUUGCGUCCUGGAGGAUAUCUGAUCGCGAUUGAAGUCACAGGCACCAUGAUCCGCGAGACCGGCCUCAUGGGGGGAGAAUGGGACAGAAUACUCGAGAAGAACGGGUUCUCGGGCGUCGACUGCAUUGUCCACGACCACCCUGAUGUCGCCAGGCACAGCUGUUCUGUGUUUGCCACUCAGGCAAUUGACGACCGACUCAACGUGUUACGGGAUCCUCUUUUCUCCAUGGACCUGAUUCCCAAGAGCCCCGUGCUGAUUCUGGGAGGCAGGACGCUGGCCGUUUCCAAGCUGGCUCGUCGCGUAGCCAAGAUGUUGCGUCUCUGGUCAUCGGAAAUCAGGGCUUGCGACAAUAUCGACGACCUGGAUUCCGCUGAUAUGCUCCCCGGAACCUUUGUCUUGUGUCUCUCGGACCUGGACAAGCCAUUCUUCUCUGAGUCCCCGACACCGGAAAGGCUGGACAGGCUGCAGGGGAUGCUGGGUGCUGCUCGCAACAUAUUGUGGGUUACGUGCGGGCGCAUGCUUGACGACCCCUAUUCCAAUAUGAUGGUGGGUAUCGGCCGUGCUCUUGCGGUGGAACUGCCCCAUGUGAAUAUGCACUACCUCGACUUUGAACGUCCUGAGGCUUGGAGUGCCGACGUUGUUGUUCGCCACGUUCUGCGAAUGGCCGUCACAUUGGCUUCCUCGACUGACACUCGAGACAUGCUGUGGGCUCAAGAACCGGAGACGCUUGUCAAGGGGAAUGAGUUGCUGGUGCCUCGCAUUGUGCCUGAUCACGCGGCGAACGAGACACUCAACGCCAAACGUCGGAGAAUCAGCAAGCUCGUCGACUCGACGGAGAGGAUCACCAUCGCCUCUCAGAGCAUCAACUCAUCUGAGCCACUGCUUGUCAUUGGAAGCCCCCUUGAUGUCCCAGAGCGUCAUCUGGCAGUUGAUGUCAAGCUGUCGGUAGCACUACAUGCCGGCCACGAGAAGCCAUGCUUCUUGUGUUUCGGCCAUGUACAAAACCCCGGUCAUCCGGCAUGUACAGAAGCGGUAUUUGCCUUGUCCGCGACCAACUCUUCGGCCAUCGUUGCGCACGCGGAGAGCCUUUUCACCUGCCCCGAUUCGCAAGCUGGCGGUGCCGACGCACUUGUGGCCAUGGCAUCCGCCCUGAUUGCUUCGCAAGUGCUUCCCAGCUUCCCGAAGCACGGGACAACCCUUGUUUGCGGAGCUACCGGCAUCAUGGCCGAGUCCCUCGCCACAGCGGCAGCGCAGGCUGAGCGCAAGGUGCUAUUCGUGGCCGUCGACUCAGCCGGGGAAAGGGGUCGAGACGGCUGGAUCGUGGUGCACCCUCGUGCCCCGGCCCGGGUCGUUCAAAAGCUGAUCCCCCGUGAUACGUUAUUACUCUUGAAUUUCUCCGAAGAUGCUUUGCAUAGCGUACUGCCCUGCCUGCCCAAAUUCUGUGCGGUUCAGGCUUUUGACCCUGGUUUCAUCCCUCACCAGCCAGCCGCGGUGGCUGCCGCCGCUCUGGCCGUGGCCUAUGAGGCGCACAAGGCAAUGAAUGCCGGGGGGACGAGCACAGCGCCAGUCGUCACUGUCGUCAACAUCGCCGAGGCGUCUCAGGAGCUUCUCACAGGAAAAGAGCGCCUCUCUCUCGUAUUGGACUGGGAGCGUCAAGAGCCGGUGAGCGCGGUCAUCCAGCCCCUCGAGGCCAACAGCAUAUUCUCCGUCGACAAGACAUAUUUCCUCGUCGGGAUGGCUGGAGAAUUGGGCCAGUCACUUUGUCGCUUCAUGAUCCGCGGCGGCGCUCGCUACAUCGUCCUGGCCAGCCGCAAUCCCGCCAAGGAUCCGCAUUGGCUCACGGAUCUCCGGUCGACCGGGGCUGAUGUCCGCAUUGUCAAGAUGGACGUGACGGACCAGACGCAGGUGCGCGAGACGGUUGCCAUGCUCCGGCAAAUCAUGCCCGAGAUAGGAGGCGUUGCCAACGCUGCCCUGGUCUUUGAAGCGGGCAUAUUUGUCAAUUUCUCAGCCGACAACGUCGCCAGACAGCUCAAGCCCAAAGUCGACGGCACGCUUCACCUCGACCACGAGUUUGCCUCGGACAAUCUCGAGUUCUUCCUGACGUUUGGUUCUCUGGCAACUGUGUGUGGUAAUCCAGGCCAGGCCAUGUAUCACGCCGGCAACAUGUUCAUGUCAAGCCUGGUGGAGAAGCGCCGGCAACGCGGCCAGGCGGCUUCCAUUCUCAACUUUGGACUGCUGGUCGAUGUCGGAUACGUUGCCCGAAUGGAUCGUGCCGACGGGACGAAUAUCGAAGGAACCCUUCGUUCCUUGCUCCUGACACCUCUCUCGGAAGCAGAGCUCCAUCAUCUUGUGCUUCAAGGCAUCAUCUCCGGCCGCCCAGGCUCGGCUUCUGGGGAAGUCAUCAUGGGGAUGGCGCCCUACAUCGACGAUGGAAAAGCAGCGGCUCGACCUCCAUGGGUUGACAAGACAUUCUUCUCCCACAUGAUCCAUGCGCCCAUGCACUUGCGCGAGAACUUGGACCGCUCCAGCACCAUUGAAGAAGCGACCGAAGGCGUGAAGGAGUUGUUUUACAAAAAGAUUGAGUCGAUGAUCAAGGUUCCAAGAACAUCCAUUGACGCGAACGCACCCCUGGCAGACCUGGGACUCGACUCGCUCCACGGCAUCGAUAUACGAAAGUGGUUGCUCGAGGACCUCAAGGUCAACAUUCCUCUACUGAGGAUUCUCGCAAAGCCGACUUUAAUGGAGAGCCCACGGGUUCCUGAGAUACGAGCGGCCAGCGACUCCACCCCCGGCACUCCGACGUCCUCGACAGACGACGCCCCUUGGACCGACUCCAGCAGCGACGACGGACACCGCGAGACCAACGUCACCGCUGCGUCCGUUUCACCGUCGCUGUAUAAGCGCAGCGAGCGCCUGUCAUUUGCGCAGGCAGGCAUUCACUUUUUGCAUACGUUCCUGGAUGACCCCACGUCGUUCAACGUUACGACGCGGUAUGCUGUCAGAGGGCGAUUGAACGUCAGCAGACUAGCACAGGCCAUCGAGAAAACAUUGAGUCAUCACGAGGCCUACCAGACGUGCUUCUUCGCCGACUCAGGCAGUUCUCAGGUGAAGCAGCAUGUUGCGAGCAACAUCAACUUACACCGGUUCAGGCAUGUUUCCUCUACGAGAAGAGAGGCGGAGGAGCACGCACGAAAUGCCUUUGACUCAGUGGCGAAUGCCGAGUACCUGCUCGCUUCUGGGGAGGCAUUCCGGGCCGUCCUCGUGACUCACGAGCCCGAAAGACACACUCUUGUCUUUGGCUUCCACCUCAUGGCGAGUGAUGCGCUCAGCUUCAGCAUCUUCCUUCGGGACCUCGAUCGGGCAUACCAGAUGCUGCCCCUGUCGUCGAAUACGAGCUCGUAUCUCGACUAUACCCGACGACAACACGACGACGUCAACGCCCAUCGCUUUGAUGAAUUCAUAGCUUACUGGAAACGGCACCUCAAUCCAGUUCCGACCCCCCUCCCUUUACUGCCGAUAGCUCAAGUGAGUUCUCGACAUGCACGCCGCGUGUACCGGAACCACAUCGUUGAACGGGAGCUGGGCGUCGACAUGGCCCGCAGGGUCAGGGGAGCUAGCCAAGCCUGCGGCGCCACCUCGAUGCAGUUCUACCUGGCGGCCAUGCAGGUCCUGCUUGCUCGUCUCGCCAAUGUCGACGACGUGUGCAUUGGGGUGGCGGAUAGCGGCCGCAGUCGCACAGGAGACUUUGCCGACUCGGUUGGCCACUUUGCUAAUAUCCUCCCGGUUCGAUUCCAGAUCGACUCCGGGCAUUCGUUUGAGGAGCUGCUCAACCGAACAUCGCACUCGGUACUCAGUGCGUUUGACAAUUCGCAGGUUCCGUUUGACCUGCUCCUCGAAAGACUGGGCAUUGAGCGGUCUCCAGUGCACACGCCUCUCUUCCAGGUCGCCUUCAACUACCGCGUGGGCGACAUAUUGCAACGACCCCUGGGUGACUGCAUCCUGUCGAUGGAGAAAUAUGUAGAUAUCAAGACGCCCUACGACUUCGUCAUCAACGUCACCCAGACAGGGUCGCAGGGUCAUCUCGUCGAGUGCAUCACCAGUGGAAACUUGUACUCGAAGUCCGCCACCGAGUUCAUCACGGACACCUUUAUCGGCUUGGUUGAGUCCUUGACCCAGGACCAGUCUGCCAGGAUUCGGGACUGCAAGCUUUUCAGCAGCGAGCAGGUCGAGCGCGCCAUUGCUCUUGGACGAGGGCCAGCCACCAGACAUCCUUGGCCCAAGACGUUGCCCGAGCGAUUUCAGCAAGUCGUCUCUGCUUAUCCAGGAUCCAUCGCCAUCAAAGACGCCGACGAGUUCCUGACCUACAGCCGUCUGGCCCGUCGGGUUGGCCUUUAUGCUUCCAGUCUCCUUGGCGCCAACGCCGGUCCGGGCUCUCGUGUGGCGGUUCUGUGUGAGCCGAGCAUCGAUAUCUACGCGGCGAUGCUUGCCAUUCUACACAUCGGGGCCGUCUAUGUCCCUCUUGACAUCAGCCUUCCAGACGCACGGCGCCGAAGCAUGAUGAAGGCUUGUAGGCCGGACAUGCUUGUGUUCCACGCCGCCACGACCGAAGCCGCCAUGGAAUGUUCUGGCGAUGGAAAGGUUCGCACGCUUGACCUGUCCAAACUGCACGUAUCUUCCCCUCCAAUAGGUUCUCUCCCUGCACUCGCCCCUUCGUCUGCUACUCGAGAUAGCUUCCUCCUCUUCACUAGUGGCUCCACAGGCACGCCAAAGGGGAUCAGGCUAGGCCAAGGGGGCAUCAUGAACUACGCCGCGUCCAAGAGCGCCAUGCUUGGUCUUGGUCAGGUAAGAGUGCUGCAGCAGACGUCUAGCGGGUUCGACAUGGCGAUUGCUCAGGCCUUCAAUGCUUUUGCUAACGGGGGGACUCUUGUCGUCGCCCCCUCAAAGGCUCGUGGUGAUCCAAGCAUGAUUUCCCAGAUUAUGCUCGAGGAAGGAAUCGAGUUCACCCUUGGCACACCUUCGGAAUACCUCAUGUUGACGGCGUAUGCCGCCGAUACUGUGCAAAGGUGCACGUCGUGGCGCUAUGCCUGCUCCGGGGGUGAAGUCGUUUCGGAGAGGCUCGUCAGGUCUUUGCGGCGGCUGGAGCUGCCCAGUCUCAGUUUCACAGACUGGUAUGGCCCGACCGAGGUGUCCUGUGCCACCACGUUCCGGAAUAUCCGGCUGAUGGCCGGCGCAGGCGAAGCUUUCGAAAGCCAUGGCACCGGAGAUGGCGCGACCAGCGUCGUUGGCAAAGCCAUCUCCAAUACCUCCAUCUACAUCGUCAGUGAAGAUGGCAAGACCGCGUUACCGACUGGUAUGCCGGGAGAGAUUUGCAUCGGUGGCGGCGGCGUCGCCAGAGGCUAUCUAGAUGCCGACCUGAGUCGGGACAAGUUUGUGGCAGACCCCUUUGCGACCCCUGACGACCAUGCUGAGGGACGGGCUGUCAUGUACAAGACCGGUGACAAGGGUUAUCUCCAGAUGGAUGGAUCUCUCGCGUUCCUGGGCCGGGCGAAUGGUGGCGAGACAGUCGUGAAGCUUCGCGGACUGCGAAUCGACCUGAAUGAAGUGUCCAACGCAAUCUUGGCAGCAGCCCCGCCGGAGACACUGGCCGAUGCGAUCGUAACGACACGCGGCGAGCCUCAGUUUCUCGUCGCCUACGUGGCUCUUGCGCGAGGGAGGAAUCUGGACCCUGCACAGCUGGACAUGCUCCUCGGAGACCUCGCGCUGCCUCGUUACAUGAUUCCUUCGAUGAUCGUGCCAUUGGACCACUUACCGAUCACAACGAACGGAAAGAUCGAUAGAGCAGCUCUGCAGGCUCUUCCACUUCCUGCUCGGCAUGGGAAAGACGACGAAAAAGCAGCACUUACAGUGCCUGAAGGGGAGCUGCGGGUGCUCUGGCAGGGUGUUCUCGGCGAGGCGGCGAGUGUAGCCACCAUUGGACCGUACUCUGACUUCUUCACAGUAGGAGGAAGCUCCCUCCUUCUUGUUCGGCUGCAGAAUGCUCUGAGGGAGAGGACGGGUGUCGCGCUGUCGCUUCAGGAGCUUUACCAGGCCACCACGCUGCGGAAGAUGGCGGCGGCGAUGCAUCAGGAACGCGGCCAGUUGGCCGAGGAGACUAUUGACUGGAAGGCGGAGACGGCGAUCCCAAGCAGCAUUCUGGAAGCCGCGAAAGGAGGUCCGUCUUUGCCGCAGCCUCAGAGACACCGGCGCCAGGUGCUUCUCACCGGGGCAGGAACAUUUUUGGGCGGUGAGAUCCUUCGCUGCCUGAUGGAGAACGAUGAUGUGGCGAGGGUUCACUGUGUCGCCGUGUCGGAGGAGGAGCGGCAAAGGUUGGCGUCCGAGGACAAGGGCAAGAUGGUCAUAUAUGCCGGCAGCAUGAUGAGUCCAACUCUGGGCCUCUCGGGUACGGAGACGGCCUUUCUAAAGUCCAACAUUGACCAGAUGAUCCACGCAGCGGUCCAAGGCCACUGCAUGAACAACUACACAUCGGUCAAGCAGGCGCUGUACGUCUCGACGCAGACAUUGGUCGGGCUGGCUCUUCCCCGCCGGGUGCCCUUCCACUUUGUCUCGGCGCCGCGCGUCGUUCUCCUCUCUGGUCAGCAUGAAGGGAAGCCAGUCUCGAUGGCUGCCCACCUGCCGCCAACGGACGGCUCGCAAGGCGUCACGGCGUCCAAGUGGGCCAGCGAGUGCUUCCUAGAGAAGGUUGCGCGGGAGACGGCCCUCCCCGUCGUCGUCCAUCGACACUGUGCCCUGAUAGGAGAGCGAGCACCAGCCGACGACGUCAUGAACUCGGUCGUGCGCUUCUCCCUCCUCACGCGCAAGGUGCCCCACGUGGCAGGUGCCGAGGGUUUCUUCGACUUCAAGGACGUCGUGGCCGUGGCGUCUGAGAUUGAAAGGCAGCCCCCGGCGCCGGCGGCGGGACCCGUAUGCUUCCGCCACCACAGUGGCGACAUGCGCGUGCCGUUUGGCGAGUUGGCGCAGCGGCUGGGCGCCGUGUACGGGGGGUCGUUCGAGGUUGUUGAGCCGUCCGAGUGGCUCCGGGCGGCGGCGGAGUUUGGGAUGGAGGAGCUGCUGGUGAUUCACCUGAGGGCAAACAUGGAGAGCGGGAAGCCCAUGGUAUUUCCGUAUCUGGGCGCGUGA